AUCCAAAGAUUCCAAACCUUUCUGUAAAUAAAUGUUUCCUCCCUCACAAAAGAUGAAUGAAUAAUUUUCUAAAAUUAAAUAUAUGUAAAAAAAAAUGGUUGUGAUCGAUGUAUUCCAACAACAUUAUCAAGUCAAUCAUCUUCGUUUAUUACAACUACCUCAUCUCAAUAAACCCUCGAAGUUUCUACUCACAAGAUUUCAGAAUUCUAAUAACUUUUCUUCCAUUUCCAGAAGAAAACCUCAAACUAGGUUUAAGCUAUUGAAAGUCAAGGCUAUGUCUUUAUUUUCUCCAAAUCCAGUUCUAAAUGACAUUACAUCUACUGUGAUUACCAGUGGAGUUGCUCUAUUUUGUCUUCAAUUUUGGGGUGAAAUUGCUAAGAGGAGAAUCAUUAAAGAUCAGAUUUUUAUCAGGAAGUGUGUGCAUAUAAACAUUGGACUGGUCUUCAUGCUUAUGUGGCCCUUAUUCAGUUUUCGACCCCAAGCAGCAUAUUUAGCGGCUCUUGUUCCUGGAGUUAAUAUAAUACGGAUGCUAGUAUUGGGUCUCGGGUUGAUGAAGGAUGAAUCUAUGGUCAUGUCGAUGACCAGAUCUGGAGAUUAUAGGGAACUAUUGAAGGGGCCAUUAUAUUAUGCUUCCACGGCAACUUUGGUUUCUGCUGUUUAUUGGAGAACUUCCCCUAUUGCAAUUGCUAUUAUAUGCAACCUGUGUGCUGGAGAUGGUCUAGCUGAUAUAAUGGGGAGGAGAUUUGGCAAGAAAAAACUUCCACACAAUAGAAACAAGUCUUAUGCUGGUAGCAUUGCCAUGGCCAUUGCUGGUUUCCUAGCAUCUGUUGGGUACAUGCACUUCUUCUCCCAGUUUGGCUUCAUAAAAGAAAGUCCUAGUCUGGUUUUAGGGUUCCUAAUUGUGUCUCUGGCAACGACAGUAGUAGAAUCACUGCCGAUAAGUACUGAGAUUGAUGACAACCUGACAGUUCCGCUGACAGCUGCAUUGGUGGGCAGCCUUGUGCUCUGAAUAACUUAGAUUGACGACUGACUACCUGACUAUUACAUUGAUGGCUACAUUGGUAGACAGCCCUGUGUUCUGGACACCUUCUGGGGAGAAGAAUUGAUUUUCUACUGUCAUUGUAGCUUGUAUUUAUUGUAUAAUUGGAUGAUUUGAGAUUGUAUGUGACUUGUAAAAUAUAAGCUACAGUUACUAGUUUGUUCUGAUC